AUGUAUACACCUUAUGGUAAUGCAGGACUUGGAAAUCAAUUCCAAGAUCAAUAUGGUCAACAGAAUAUACAACAUCCUCAACCUCAGCAUACAUAUAAUCAAGGAUUAAAUGGACAGCCAAUGAAUCAAGGUAAUAUGAAUCAGGGCAACAUGAAUCAAAGUAAUAUGAAUCAAAGAGGCAAUCAACCAACUGAUGGUAAUAAUCAAUUUUAUAACAAUUUCUUUCAAGAUCCAGCUACUUCAAUGGCUGCACAAUUUGCUAAGAAUGGAUUCGAUCAAAGUGGACAAUAUUUACAACAGAAUUUUGGAUCAUUUAUUCCUCAAACAUCAAAUUUAAACUAUUAUUUCAAAAUAAGUAAUAGUUAUGUGAUAAAUAAAUUAAUCUUAAUAUUAUUCCCAUUCAGAAAUGCUAGCUGGACAAGAAUCAGUAAUAAUGUACAAUCAGAAACUGAACAAUCAAAUUUUGUAUUGGCUCCACCGAUUCAAGAUAUUAAUGCUCCUGAUUUAUAUAUACCAUUUAUGUCAUACAUUACAUAUGUCUUAUUAUGGGCAGUAUUUCAAGGAUUAAAAGGAGAUUUCCAUCCACAAUUAUUUGGAUAUUUAGCAUCACAAGCAUUUGCCUGUGUUGUUUCCGAUAUUUUCAUCUUCAAAUUAGGACUUUAUUUAUUAAGUUGUAAAAGUCCAUUUUGGGAUGUGGUGAGUUUUAGUGGUUAUAAAUAUGUUCCAAUUACUGUAUUGUUAAUCAUUAAAUAUUUAACCAAUGGUGGUUAUAUAUUUUAUGGAUUUGUAUGUUUCUUUAUUUGUACAUUUGCUUUCUUUUUAAUGAGAAGUUUAAGAAAUAUGGUAUUACCAAAUUCAUCGACUAUGGUCAAUAAUAGUAUUCCUCCUCAACAAAGAAGAACAAGAAUUCUUUACUUAUUAGGAUAUUCAUUAGGUCUUCAAUCCCUCAUCAUUUUAUUCAUGAAUAUCAAUACUUAA